AUAAAACAAAUAAGUACCGAAUUAUAAAGGAUAAACACUAUGGCACUGAGAUGCUGUAUGCUUUCAUAGCAUCAGUUGCCAUAGAGCACAACGGCUCAUACACCUGUAACAACUCAAAAGGUGCAGCUAAAUCUGUGGAUGUCCAUGUCACAACUGAGAGCUUUCUAUCCUCCCAGCUGCCUGACCAGGUUGUUGUAAAUCACAGCAGCUCCUGCUUAGAAGCAGAAGUUUCCUACCACCCUGUGCUCCAUCACUGCUACUGGGAGGCUCCUGAUGGGAGUCUUACUAAAUGCAGCAGGAACCAGAGGAUGUUAAAUGACAGGACUGUGAAGUAUUGUAAUAAACUCCAGUCAGGAGUAUAUAUGCUACACCUGGAGGCUGGAGGGAAAAAAGAAACAAAGAGAACAGCAGUUUGUGCUGUAGACAAACCAAGCUUUAACUUUAGCCGAGAAGAUGAUGACUUUAUUGCUGAGACUAUAAGUGUCCUGCCAGCACAGACUACAUGGAUGUCCAGCUCAUUCAGCAACAGCUCUGAAACCAACUCAUCCUGGGAAGUGAUUCAUGAGAAACACCACACAGCUUCUGAUGGCUUCUGUAACAAGAAACUUAACAGCUUUUUGAAGCUCUCUCAAGUGGCUGAGAAGAAAGUAAAGUUCUGCCUGACUAAUAAAGCUGGAAACUGGUGCAGUGAACCAGUGAACCUGGAGCCGCUUAUGGUCCAACCGCCCAGAGAUAACGCAAGCUCAAUCAAUUCACUGAUCAACCCUCUGGUGGUAAUCUCUUAUGGCUGCUUAUAUGCCUUAUGCUCCUGGCUCUGCUACUAGUCUCAGCGCUGCUGUACUACGUUAAGAAGAAGAGAUCCCAAUACCAACCUCAGCCGCAGAGGAUCCACAUGGUUGGACCUAAUGACAACGACUGCAUCUAGGGCUGGAUGAUACAACUAGAUAUAAGCCACUCAUAGUAGUCCAUAGCAACAUUUAUUGAUUAGUUUUUUUUUAUAUAUUCUAAAUAACCUUUAACCAUUAAAAAUGUGUAACCUACCACUAACUUUAGGUGUUUACUUGGGUUGAGCGGCUAACUCCUUAUCUCUAUCCAUUCCCAUGGAAACCACGUGGUUCUGGAUUAGACUUCGGUGCAAUUAUUACAAAUUUUAUCAGAGUCAUAGAUAUUGAGCAGGUGUCUAUCACGAUAUAUAUAUAUUGAUUUAUUGUCCAGCCCUAACUGCAUCUAAAUCACCUUCAAAGACUCUAAUCUGACAAUAAAUGGGAGUUUCUGAAAGAGAACCUGGUACUCGGUAGAUAUAAAAAGACUAAACAAGCACUUUUAAUAUGCUGAUGAAGAUUGUCAGUCAUCCAGGUCAUAGUCAUAUAAUAGU